AUGAAUGUUAACGAGGACGGCGAGGGUUCGCGUUACCCAAUCACUGAUCGGAAAACCGGAGAAACGAAAUUCGAUGGGGUUGCGAGUCGGACCGAGAGGCAUAGUGGAGAAGAUAAAGCCAAUGGGAUCACUUCGGAUGUGAGAAAUGGGAGUGGAGGCGCUGGGCAAGGUUCAGCUGGACUGCAAAUUCCACAGUCGCAACAAACAGCGGCCACUGUUUGCUGGGAAAGGUUUCUUCAUGUGAGAACCAUAAGAGUCCUGCUUGUGGAAAAUGAUGACUGCACUCGUUAUAUCGUUACUGCGCUUCUUCGUAAUUGCAGCUAUGAAGUUGUUGAGGUAGCGAAUGGUGUACAAGCUUGGAAGGUUUUAGAAGAUCUAAACAAUCAUAUCGAUAUUGUGUUAACGGAGGUAGUCAUGCCUUACUUAUCUGGUGUCGGCCUCUUAUGCAAGAUUCUGAAUCAUAAGUCUCGUCGGAACAUCCCUGUCAUCAUGAUGUCAUCACAUGACUCAAUGGGGCUGGUCUUUAAGUGCUUAUCAAAAGGAGCAGUUGACUUUCUCGUUAAGCCGAUUAGAAAAAACGAGCUUAAAAUUCUUUGGCAACAUGUUUGGAGAAGAUGUCAAAGCUCUAGCGGCAGUGGGAGCGAGAGUGGAACACAUCAAACUCAAAAGUCUGUGAAAUCAAAGAGUAUUAGAAAAUCUGACGACGAUUCAGGAAGCAGUGGUGAGAAUGAAAAUGGGAGCAUUGGCCUGAAUGCUAGCGAUGGAAGUAGUGAUGGGAGUGGCGCUCAGGGACGCUUUACUAACCAAUUCUAUUUUCAGAGCUCUUGGACGAAAAAAGCUGUGGAGGUUGAUGACAGUCCACGAGCGGUAUCUCCAUGGGAUCGAGUUGAUAGCACUUGCGCACAAGUGGUACAUUCGAACCCCGAGUUUCCCAGUAAUCAUUUGGUUGCGGCAGCUGCUGAGAAGGAGACUCGAGAACAUGAUGAAAAUUUUGAAGAUGUCACAAUGGGUAGAGACUUGGCCAUUAGUAUUCGUAGAAAUUGCGAUCUUGCACUGGAGCCAAAAGAUGAACCCCUAACUAAAACUACUGGCAUUAUGAGACAGGAAAAUUCAUUGGAAAAGAGCUCUAGUAAAUCGAAAAUGAAAGUUGGAAAAGGACCAUUAGACCUCAGUAGCGAAAGCCCUUCAAGCAAACAAAUGCAUGAAGAUGGAGGCUCGGGUUUCAAAGCUAUGUCUAGCCACCUUCAAGAUAUCAGAGAACCCGAGGCACCUAACACACACUGCAAAACUUUAGAUACGAGUGAAGCUGCCGUCAAAAAUUCCGAUGAGCUAAUGCACGUGGAACAUAGUUCAAAGAGGCAUAGAGGAAUUAAAGAUGAUGGGACAGUGGUUAGAGAUGACCGGAAUGUGCUGAGACGUUCAGAGGGUUCAGCUUUCUCAAGGUAUAAUCCAGCCUCAAAUGCCAAUAAGCUUUCUGGCGGGAACUUGGGAAGCAAUUCUCUUCAUGAUAAUAAUAAGAGCCAAGAUCUUAUAAAAAAGACUGAAGCGGCAUGUGAUUGUCACUCAAACAUGAAGGAGUCUCUCCCCAAUAAUCAACACUCACGCGUCGGUAGCAAUAACAUGGAAAUGAGUUGCACAACGGAGAACAACGCUUUCACGAAACCAGGAGCUCCAAAAGUAAGCUCAGCAGGAUCUUCAUCAGUCAAGCAUUCAACGUUUCAGCCUCUGCCUUGUGACCAUCAUCAACAUCACUCCUCCUAUAAUAAUCUUGUUAACGUCCCUGAGCGGAAGCUGGCGCCACAAUGUGGAUCCUCAAAUGUGUACAAUGAGGCGAAUGAAGGUAACAACAGCACAGUGAAUUACAGUGUGAAUGGAAGUGUGUCAGGUAGUGGUCACGGAAGCAAUGGCCCAUAUGGAAGCAGCAAUGGCAUGAAUGCUGGAGGGAUGAAUAUGGGAAGUGAUAAUGGUGCUGGCAAAAGCGGAAGUGGCGAUGGUAGCGGAAGUGGAAGUGGAAGUGGAAGUGGAAGCGGGAAUGUGGCUGAUGAAAAUAAGAUCUCUCAGAGAGAAGCUGCUUUGACAAAGUUCCGUCAGAAGAGAAAAGAGAGGUGCUUCAGGAAGAAGGUACGAUACCAAAGCCGGAAAAAGCUAGCGGAACAACGCCCUCGUGUCCGUGGACAAUUCGUCCGUAAAACUGCUGCUGCAACGGACGAUGACGACAUAACAAACGCCGAGGAUAGCUAA